CUCCAAGCAAAUUGAAAACCAACUCCUUCAUCUCAACCUAAAUCAAUGGCGCUGCUGUGUUUUUUGCUUGAUCUCACAACCUUACCUCCUCCCAUCCUCACCGCCUUAACCGAUGUAACAGUACAACACUUCUGAUCAUAUUCCAAUAACUCUCAUCUUUCCUUCUCUCUCCGCCUCACGAAUCUCACCAUUUUCUUUUUGUUUCCUCUUCACCUCUUUAGUCUUUGUUGCAGCUCGCCAAUCUCUAUGCAAUUUCAUCAUCAUCAUCCGCUCCUAGAAUCGGCUUGUGCUAUGUCUUGAAGAAUGCCUCCUUUGUUCCUGAUGAUGCUCUUGUAUGAAUAUGCAAAAACUUUCACUCACAUACGCACACACAAAGAUAGACUGACGCUAUUAGAUCGAAGGCGUUUCAGAAUUUUGUUUUCUCGUAUCUGAAUUAUUUGAAUAGCUGAAUGAAACAGUUGGAGGUUGCGUAUAGUCCUACUAGAUGCUUUAGUCUCUGUGAAUUUCAUCGUGCUGUGAGGAAUUUGCCAACGGAUGCCUUUAUUCCUGAAAUUGAUGGCUAUGAAAGUCUUCGUUAUCGUGAUGUGAAAUUAUCGGCUGUUUUAAGCGAUCAAGUUCUAUACUCGUGGGGAUGUGAAGAUGUAAAGAGGAAAGUGAUUGUAUUAAGCGCAUCUUCACAUUAUGAUUUGGAUUCCAACUUGGAAAGAACACUUGAGGAGGCGGCUAGUAUGCGUGUUUCAGUUGAGUUUAUGAUCUUUAAGCAGAAGUCAAGUCAUCUCAACGUCAUUGAAGAGGAUUCUAAUGGGCUAAUAAAACGCAUUUCUGACUUUGAUGGCUGCUCUCUUAAAUUAUACCUUCCAGAUCUCAGAAUAUUUCAAAGCCUUGUGAGACGAUGGUUGCAAGACCUCAAGGACGAUAUGAAGGAACCAUUAUUAGCUUGUUUUGAUUUUAAAGAAAACCUCAUUUAUUCCACGAACCAGAUAACUUGCAACUUGUAUAUGACUGUCACGCAGAUGAUUGAUGGUUUCUCCAGUUGUCAGACAUGCAGAUGCCAUGGUACGCCAUUAGAAGUCUAUAGAAGCAAAGAGAUAAAGGAAUCUACCUGUGCAAUUAGCGGGGAUUUUCUGGAUACCUCUGGCAUAAUGAAAAACUCAAUAAAAGUUGGAGAGAAAACCAUCCUGUUCCUGCCAUCAUCUCAGUGCCUUACCAAGUCUCAACAAAAUGCUUCACAAAUUAAAUUUGACGUCGUACAACGAACCAACUUGGGAACCUUAUGCGAAAGUGUUAUUAUGGGAGCCGCUUAUGUUGUAGUUCCAUCAUCUUUACGUGAGCUAGAAUCUGCUUCAGCAGACAAUGAUCGGUUUGCGGUGAAUGCUUUAGCUUUUCAAGGAGUUUGUGGUGCUCUCCACUCACUAGAUCAGGGUUUGAUUUGCCUUUCAAAUUGGAAUAUGGAGACCUUCAAUGAAUCUACAUUUCCUUGCUAUUAUAUUCUCCAACCGUCACAAAAUGGAUCAAUGUUUCUUAGGCGUCUUGCUGGCUCUGAGGAAGUUUGCUAUGUACCGGAUAUCAAGUCUUUGAUUAUCCCUCAUGUUAGCAAGGAGAUCCAGAGUUCCAUUCUAGUCUCAUUGGAGAAGGUUGAACUAAAAGACUACAACCCGCUGAUGCAUGAAAGAGGCCUCCACCAAAAACUAAAUGUUCUAGUGAAAGAAAGUUUGGGGUUCCGGUGGCCAUCAACUCUAACAGCAGAAGAGGGAACCUCCGGCAACGAAACAAACGUCCAUGAUUCUUUGAGAGGAACUGUGAAUUCUGUAAAAGACAUUGAAAUCACAACCGCAACGUCCGACGGGAAUGAAUUGACUGUCCCAGAUUCUUUGAAAGGAACUGUGAAUUAUGUAAAAGACAUUGAAAUUGUAAGCGCAAUGGAUGGCACAGAAUCUGGAGUUGCUGAAACUUGGGAGAAGCUAGUAACUCAUGAAUUCCCUGAAACAUGUCCAGUUUAUGUUUCCAAAGACAAGUUGGACGGGUUUUCUCUCUCGCUUCCAUAUGGCAACAGACAAUUGGGUGCCAAAACGUCAAGGAUUUUAGAGAGACUUGAGGCACCAAGACAAAGAAGUAAAGCUACAUCUCCUAAUACUCUUACCACUGGCUUGAUUGAUCCAAAUGCUCCAACAAAAAAGCCACCAAUCCCGUUGGUGCCAGCUCUGACCCGAGACCAAGGCUUCACAGGUACUCAAUCUCAACUCAUGAAACCAAAUUUCAACAAACUCAAAAGGAAACGUACAUGAAGACCCCUUCCCCAAAAGAUAGAGUUUGGUUUUUUAAUUGAUAAAAUUGCGUAAUCAUAGCAUGCUGUUCAUCAUUAAAUUCUUUACAUGGAGUAAGAGGAACAAUACUAAGCUACUCACUAGUCCCUAGUGGGUAGAUAUCUAAAAGUAGUUUUUUUUUUAAUUGUAAAAUUUAGAUGAUGGCAAGUAGAGGAGUAAUGAGGAGGUAUGUAUUAAAUAAGAAACAGUGGGAAAGUUUAUAGUGAUAGGUAGUUGAAAGAUUGUCGUUAACCGGUGGGGAAGAAGUUUUGUUGAUAAUGUCUUGGGUUUGUGGGUUUUGUCUAUUUCUGUGUUUGUCAACAACGUGGGCAAGAAAUUGGACCUAAAAGGAAGAAAUACAAUCACUUGGAACGAACUUUUAUUCAAAAAAAAAAAAAAA